UCUCCAAUAGAAUUUAUCUGUGUUGGAAUCAUGAUGGGGCUGUGUGGCCUUAUUUACAAUUUGCAUUUGCACUCUUUUCUUGUAUUAAAACUUGUAUCGAAUUGUAUUCUUUUAUAGAACUCUUCGAGAUUCCUUAAACACAUGCAAAAUGUGCCUAGCUUUUCAAAGACCACUUUAAUUCUAAUAUACGAUUUAACUACUGAUAGUCCCCUGCAAAUAAAAUGAUACUUUAUAGUGCAUAGCUGCUUAGCAGGAAUAGUAAGAAACAAUGCUACAGUCCUUUAAAAGUUCACUUAACUGUUAGGACUUAGGGAGUCUUGUUAAUAUUUGCAUUAUUCUUUUGCAUCUUCCCAAUUUUACUGUUUUCCUAAUAUAUGCCUGUUAUGCUGAAGAAAAUUGGUAUCUUGCAUGGUUCAUGUCUGCGAUGCUGUAUUUAAUUCCUAGCUAUCCUGCAGAGGUUCAAAUAAUUCUUCUAGUAUCUUAGUUUGUCAUCUUUAGCUUGUGUUCCUUUAGUACUUUUUUAGUAUAUUUCAGUGGUCUUUCUUCUCAUUCAUUUUAACUUAUGUUAGGAUGGAAGAUCACUAAAAUUUUCCUGGACUACUAGCCUAUGGAUGGCUGCAUAUCUCCAUCUUGAAUAAUAAAUAUGGAGAUUUCUUUAUUUCUUUAUUUGGCCAUUCCAUUGCUUCAGUUUUCUGUAAACCAUAGCAGUAGCUUGCCUAAGAAAGCAUGGUAAUAUUGCAUAUGCACUAAUAGUCCGGGCAUUAAGUUCCUUACCACGAUUUUGUUGCUAUCGGAGUUUAAUGGAUAUGUUCAAACACAUAAACAAUACAGAGGAAGUUUCCAAAGAGCAUUCCAUGCACGCAUUUGAGUAGCUACAUUUGGAUUUUGAGAUUUCUGUAACAGUAUGUACUCGGUGCAAAGUAGCUUUGACACAGAAACGGAAUUGUAUGAAGCAAAAGAAAGGGCUGCAAAACGCCAAGAACUAGAGAAUGAAGUAUUGCAUCACGUGGAGCCUAUUUGCCGGGAUUUAUUGUAUGAACUGCACUUGAGGACAUCUUCUGAAAGUAAGGACAAAAUUACUAAUCUAUUCGGCAAUGCAGAUGAUCCCUCUAUAGUUGAUCAGUCGGUUGAGGAUUGCUUGAAAACGUAUAUUGAAUCAUGUGAAGAUUUGAGAACUAGGUACAAAAAUCUAUGUGACGAAAAUUGUAAGGUGCUUAAAAGCGAGCUGCUAUCAUUUGCUAAAAUUAUGGCUGAGAGGAUCAAGAUGGAUAGAACUGUCUAUUUAUGAAGAAACCCUUGAAUAAUUGAUAAUCCACAUCAAACGAGCUAUAUCUAGUGAGAUGACGAGGAUUAUACUGGCUGGUUCAGGUGCUAUCAUAUUCAAGUGUGCACAAUUCAGAUUGGAGGUUUAUCAGUUUCCUGUAGUAAAAUGGAGAUGCCAUGCAUGUAAAUUAUAACAUUUGACGGAUCUUAUUUUAGGCAUAUGCAACUGAGACCGUCUGUUGUUUGCCUUGUAGUCCUUUGUAGAGAUCGUGUGAUAUUUAAAGUGUUAGAUAUGACUCGAAAUUGAUAAUCAACUUAAGUUCGGGUUUUCGACA